UACAAAUUAUGUUUUCUAUUCAUGGACAUCCUUAAGCCGUAGUAUUUAAGUUUAUUUUGAUCGUUUUUCUUACCUUAACUUUCUCCUCCCAUUAACGUACCACUUAUUAAAAUUUUACUCCCAGAGUCUGUUCCCUCACUUGUCUGCCACUGUCCAGAAUCUCAGAAAUAUCAUCUACAGCCUUUGCUGUGAAGCUACAAGUGUCUGUCUUUCUCCAAUGGAAGGUAGAACGGUGCCCCAUGCUUACCCUGUGAGUGCAGAAUAUGAAUUUGCUAACCCUACAAAGAUUUUCGAUCAGAAUUUUGCAGAAGGUAAGUAGAAAAAAUGGGAAUUUUUAGAUUUUCCGUAAUUACUAAAGUGGUCAUGAAUGAUCAUCCAAUAACAGUCUCGGUUCUCAAGAUGGAUAUUAGGACAACAUCCAAUAAUUUGCUUUUCCAGGAGAACCUCACAGGAAGCCAGCUCAAUCUGUCAAUUGCUUUGUAGUUGGUUCGUUCACCUGUGCUGCUUUAAUGAGUGUGCCGGAUGAUUUGCCAAUAGGCAAACUAGGCUCCUGCCAACAGAACCAUGGCAUAUACACACGUUGGAGGUUUUACAAAGAAAUGUUUGCUUUUCGCUGCAUUUUUAAUAAACACAUAGCAUCAUUUUCCAUCAAACCGCAUUGUCCAGAAGAAAUUCUGUACAUAUAGUUUUGUAUAUUUCUGUACAGUUCUGUCCAUACACAUAAAGAUGUUUUUUUUAUUAAUGCUUGCAGUGAUGUGUAUAUAUGAGAAAUUGGAGAUGACCCAAUUAAUGCUUCCAGUGUUCAGUUGAUGCAUGUACGUUGCAGUAGUUUUUCUAUAUGACCGGUCACUGCUUAAUUGCUCUUAUGUUGAGAUAGCAAGGGGCAUGUUACUAUUUUUCCUACCAAUGCUGUUUUUUUAGGUUCGUUUAAAUGUUUUUGUUAAAUAUGCAUUUUUCCCAUUUGUUCUGUGACAGUAUUUCUAUUUUUAACUAUUUAAAAUAUAGAAUAAUGGGUCCCCUACUAAGUAGACAACAUGUUAUUUAUUCAUAUAUUUAUUUAUUUACUUUUGCAAUGCAUGAGGGAUACGACUGAUUUUUAUGUAUUUUUCACUUGAAAUCCAUUUUUAUUGUCAUAUUUCUGUCAUCAAAUCUUACAGACACAUUGUUACCUGUAUUUGUGGAAAUUCAUCUAAAAUUUGAUGAAAAUGAAACUGACUUAGUAUUCCAGGUUUGUACAGACAUUGGCUAUAUCAGUCCAAAGUCCAUCCAUGUUUACUGAAUCCCUACCAAUUUACCUUUUACCUGCCCACAAGGUCUACUUUGACCUGCCCACAUCCCCAUUUACUAAGCCAUCUUCAUUUCAUGGACAACGCCUUCAUGAAAUUCCUACAUAUACAGGUUACAACGCAUCUGUAAUAUUUUAUAACAAAAAUAUGACACUAAAAUGGAUUUCACGUGGGGAAUAAAUAACAAUUUGUCUUUUCCUACAUGCACUACAAAAACAAAAAAAUAAAAUAACUUUUUUAAGUGUAAUUUUAGAACACGUAAGAUGUAUGUAGAUUUUUUUAAGCUAUGCCCCCUGCCCAGAUGAAUAAUAUUUUUCCAAGAAACUUUAACUUUUAUAUAUAUAUUGGAGCCGAAAUUGUUUCCACCCAAGCUUGACGUAGAUUAAGCGCAACUUUAUGUUGUCUAGCUAAUACCCAAGGAUGGGCGAGAUAUAAAUAGGACAGACAGCUGCUCUUCAUCUGAUUGUGUGCUGGCACAGAUCGAGACUAUGCUCUGACAUUUCACUGAGAUGACUUUGCAUACCUUUCGUCUGACAAACACACAGCACAACUGACAUUAGAUUAGCACUGUAACUAUAACUUUUAACUCCAAGAUGUUAUCUUUUAUCCCGUAUACAUCAUAUUUCCUAAGAUCUGCAAUGUCAUCCCACGGGGAUCACAUGGAAGAUAUCUGCAAGUGUAGGGAAAGAGAUGAUCAGAAAGGGGGGCACGGCAGACAUCUAUAAAAAAAACAAACAAAACAAAACAGAGUAAUUUCAGCAAAAAAAAUGUAAAGGUUGCUGUUCUGGCAAAACUACUAACAAUAUUUGAAUGUAACAUCGUUAUUUAGUUUAAUAAACAGAGAAGGAAACGGCAGAGAGGUUAGUUAUUUAAUAUUACAUUAUCAGCCCCUCCCGGCAGUACUACAUAUAUCGGUAGUGAGUAUAUCACUCUUAGUCCUAGCUGUCUGUGAUUUUUCAGUUUUCUUUGUUCAGGCAUUUCACAUUUUAUAAAAUGUUUAUUUUUUUUAUUUAUUUUAUCAAUAUUUAUUACGUUUUACGAAGAUAAUACAAUAGCGUUUAAGGGAAUACUCUAGCAAUAUAAAAACAAAAAGUAUAUUUAUAAAAUCACACUGUUAUUCACUGAAGUGAGAAUACAAAGUGAGUAGUGAUGUCCCGAACGGUUCGCCGAACGGUUCGCGAACGGUUCACCGAACGGUUCGCGAACAGUUCGCCACAAACGGUUCGCCACGGACUCAUCAUUGAGUAAACUUUGACCCUGUACCUCACAGUCAGCAGACACAUUCCAGCCAAUCAGCAGCAGAUCCUCCCUCCCAGACCCUCCCACCUCCUGGACAGCUCACUAAGAAUGCAGCUUCACAAUGGAUGCUGUCCAGGAGGUGGGAGGGUCUGGGAGGGAGGGUCUGCUGCUGAUUGGCUGGAAUGUGUCUGCUGACUGUGAGGUACAAGGUCAAAGUUUACUCAAUGAUGAGUCCGUGGCGAACCGUUCGUGAACCGUUCGGCGAACCGUUCGGGACAUCACUAAAAGUGAGUUCAAAUGGAAUUUUCAAAUUUAAGGCAAAAAUUGCCGAACUAGAAACAUUCUCCAAGUCAGCUAUGAUUUCCAUUUGGCUACAUUGACCUUAUAUUUGAAAUUCACUCUCAAUUCAUAUCGAAUUCUCACUUUAGUGACAGACUUCUUUUCUCCCUUACUAUCAAUGUCUUGGUGCUGCAGCCACUAAUCUUCGUCUGAGAUCAUCGUGAUUAUCACUGAAUCCCAUGCUUCUCUCGGAGAAGUAUUCAUUGUGUUUGGGGAUGCCAAACCUGAAGUCUUACAGUUACUGAAAAUACUUCCUAGGAAGUGUCUCCCGUGGCUGCCUGAUUGACAUUAAUAUAGUGUGCUUUCUCACCAGAGAGACCAUAAGAUCAACAUUUGAGUUUUCACACAUAUAACCAAUCAGGUCUAUCUUGACAACUAUAUUUUUUGAUUUGUAUAGGAUUUCUCAACUACAAAAAAAUAACAGUCAUUCAGUUUUUUCAGGGAUAAAGCAAUUAUUUUAAUAAUAUAGUCAGAAUAUACUAUACAAUGACUUUUCUAUUGUGUGGGUGUCCAAACCUUUCUAAAAAGCUUCUAUGACGUCUUCAAAGAUAUGAAGCCUUUAGGAGAGAUUUUGAUAUGUGGGCACUAUAUCCAUUUCAUCUCAUUAAAGUGGUUAUAGUGCUUCCCAUAGUGGUUAUACUGUCCCAGGCUUCCCAUAGCCCCGCCCCCACUGGAGGUAUGGCUAAGGCAUCGAUAACACUUCCUUGAAGCAAUACAGAUUCAUACCAGCAAUGGAUACUGUGAUAGGCUGAAAACAGUCAGCUGACACUCUCAGCCAAUCACAGACAGCAAUUACUACUCAACCUAAUGCUGUCUUGUUAUCCCAAGCAGCACAGGGCAGAUUCUUGUUUAGCAUUAACUCAUUAAAAGCAGCUUAGCUCUCAAUGGAAGGACAGUGCCAGGGGAUUCCAGACACUAUAACCACUUCAACGAGAUGAAGCAAUUACAGUGCCUAAAGUGUCCCAUUAAAUUAAGGGACUGUAUUGUGUGUGCUUUCAUGUUCUAUAGCAGUUAUUCAAUUUAUUGAAUCAGUAAUGUUGGAUGUCACAUUCCUCUGAGUACUGGAGCUGCAAUGUAGCAAAGGUAAGCAUAAAAUGCCUUUAUCUCUAUAGUUCCUCCAAACACACUCAUGCGCACUCAGCUACCUGCUUAGAAGGUGCCAUACGAGAGUACACGCACUCAGGCAAACCUUCCAGAGUGGCUUAGGUGAUCAUUCGUCCUUACAACAUGGGGGUUAAAGGACAACUGUCACCUCAAAAAUAUUUUUUAAUAUAAUAAUCCUAUCACAUACUGAAAUGUAUAUAUAUAUUUUAAAAGGAAGUAUAAAUAUAAAAAUGAUAAAAACGCUUUUCUUUUCAUACUUGAUUAAAGUCUUAUUAUAUUUAAAAAUAUUUUUUAGGUGAUAGUUGUCCUUAAACCCCUUAAGGACAACAGGCAUUCUAUGCCGUCCUUUUUAAAGCGGUCCUAAACGUCGGCGGGUGGCAUAGAACAUCCCUGCCAUCCUUCAUACUUACCGGGUCCCCGCCCAACCCACGCCAGCGGUCGCGAUCCUGGGGUCAGCCUGGGAGCUCAGGCAGACCCUCUCUGCCACGAUUCCCCCCCCACCGGCCAUGUGAUCGCAGGGUCCUUGCGAUAACAUGGCCGGAAUAGCCGGUUUAUGCAGUGGAUGUAGGGGGCCUGCCUGGCAGUCCCCCUCAUGCCUGUAAAAAAACUUUUUCAAAGUAAAAAAAAGUUAUAAAACAGUUUUUAAAUUAAAACAUAGAUCAUAUAUGUGUAUAUAUAUAUACAUAUUUAUAUACACAUACAGGCAUGCCCCACUUUUAAGUACACAAUGGGACCAGAGCAUGUAUGUAAAACAAAAAUGUAAUUAAAGUGAAGCAAUACCGUUUUUCACUACCCAAUGCACGUACUGCAUUGCAAUAGUAAUUUACAGGCAUAACUGAUACUGCAACUGCAGAUUUCCAGUGAUUUUAUUUCCAGUGAUUUAUUUAGUGAUUUCCAGUGGGCUUUUAUUCAGUUAAAACAAACAGUAAAAAAAACCAAAAAUCUCAUUCCAGAUUGUACCAUUUAUCUUUAAUGUUUUACUCAUCUGACAACCUUAAACUGGGAGGAAAAGUAAAAUAAACCUGCCCACUGGGCCAUUUUCUGCCAAUACAGUGCCAAUUUGUAUUUGUUAGUAGCUUAGUUGCACACUGUUUAGAAACACCUCUUCAUCAGUUUAAGCAACUAUGGUUUAACUUUGAAUCCUCAGAAUUGUGGCACUGCUAAGCAGUGGCGGAUCCAGGGGGGUGGUGUUAUGUGGCAAUUGUCCAAGCCAGCCCUGCAAUGUGCCUGAGGACCCUCCCCGGUCCGCAGGCAUUGUGCUGACAGCCAAGCAGCAGAGGGAGAGAGGACCCGGCAGAGGGAGAGAGGACCCGGGAGCUCUUACCUGCAGCUCCCCUGGGUCCUUCUCUCGCGAGCACGGAGCGUUGCUGCGGUUACCACGGCAACGCUCCAAAUCUCGCGAGAGUGAACUCUAGUCCUGGAGCGCGGGCUAGAGUUCACCUCACCACCACUUGGACCACCAGGGAUUCCCCAUGGACCACCAGGGAUCCAGAAAUGUCCCCCCUCCUCCCAGUAACGGUAAGAAGGGAGGAGGAACAUAAAGUAUAUUUAUUUUAUUAAAUAAAAUAAAAAAUUAAAAGCCUCCCUACCCUCCUUCCCCCCAUACAAACACUGCCCCCCAUAAACACACUAUACACACAGCCCCACAAACACUGCCCCCAUACACACACUGCCCCACAAACACUGCCCCCCAUACACACACUGCACACCCAUACACGAACUGCCCCACAAACACUGCCCCCAUACACACACACUAAACACCCAUACACACACUGCCCCCAUACACACACAUUGCCCCACAAACACUGCCCCCCAUACACACACUGCACACCCAUACACGAACUGCCCACAAACACUGCCCCAUACACACACACUACACACCCAUACACACACUACACACCCAUACACACACUGCCCCCAUACACACAUUGCCCCACAAACACUGCCCCCCAUACACACACUGCCCCAAACACACACUUCAACUCUCACACACACUGCCACCCUCACAUACACACUGCACCGCUCACACACACACACACUGCAGUUCUCUCACACACACACUGCCCCACACAUACACUGCCCCCUAACACACACACUGCAACCCUGACAUACACUGCCGCCCUCACGCACUCGCACACACACUUCACCGCUCACAGACACACACUGCACCUUUCACACACACUUCACCCCUAACACAUACCACUGCUCCUAUGCCCUUUAUCCCAGCAGACCCUAGGUAAGUUGUCAAACUGUUCUUAAACGGUAUGACUACUUACUCUGGGAUGGGAUCCUGGCACUAAUGGUGCCAUAACUACUACACUGAGCUGUAGUGAUUAUUACGCCUGGAUUAUUUCUUUAAAUAAUCUACAAGUGCCCCUCCCGAGAUCAGGCUCUGGAUCUGCCACUGCUGCAUAGUUAUAGAAAAUUGCAGGGCAGCCGAUUGCAGAAUAUGGACAAUGUAUGGGCAGAAAAGAAAAUAUAUAUGUUCAGCUAGGAGUAGGCAUUAUACAUUUGUCCUAACAUGUUUGAGGUUUACAGAUCCUAACCAGCCCAUAAAACAAAAAACUGUUAACCUGUGCCAUGUCAGAAGGUGUGAAAAGUUCUUGCCCCAAAGACACUGAACUGAGCUGAACGUUCCAUUUCCUGUUCACUCGCGGACAGAAGAGGCACGGGUAUGUCCGUACUCGCGAGUGUAUGUAAAGCGGGGUAUGCCUGUACAUCAUUAAUAAAAGUGUAUUUUAAUAUUAAUAUUUAUAUAUUAUUAAAAUACACUUAGAACAAAGUUAAUUAUAAUUAAAUUAUAAUUAACAGAAUAAAAUUAAACAAUAUUUUGGUUGUCAGAAUAGGAUCCUGACAUCUAUACUGACUCUGUAAGCUAAUGUUUAUGUUAUUUGUUUAGUUAUCCCCUCCCCCGACCUCAUUGAGCGUGACUAGUGAUUAUUUUCAGUUUGUUAUAAUUAUAAGUUUGCCAUAACACGCUCGGCAUGGGACACAGGCCUUCUGACUAGACGUCACUCUACCACUAAUGUCUCCCUAAGUCUAUGAAGGCUACAGAGCUAUAAUACCACCCACAUUGCCUUAAUAAGCCACGGCUAACUGCGCUAAGACCCUAAUACAUAGGCACCUGAAGCUUCAUUCCAGCACCCUCAAGACACGCCUCACGCCACUCUAGUUUAAGAGAGGGUCCCAUAGACAUCUGCCUUAUAAAAAUUUAGUUGAUGCCUGCAAUGUGUAAUACUGUAAAUAUCUAUUUUGUGUUCACUUUACCGCUCCUGCAAAGCACAUGUCAUGCUAUAAUGAUUGCACUAAAUAAAAAAUAAAGAAUAAUAAAAAAACGAUCUGAUGAGUUACUUUAAUGUAACAACGUUGCUCCCUGUAUACACGUUUAUUUAUGGAUUGGAAACGAUAUAUUGCAGGGUAGCAUUAGAAUAACUGACGCUGUUAUUUAUAUUAUGUUAUUUUAAUUGUACUUAUACUGCAUUAACAAUAACUAAUCAUUAAAGGGACACUAUAUAUGUAUCUAGACCACUUUGUAUCAUUGAGGAGUAGAGAUGUCGCGAACUGUCUGCCGAACUGUUCGCGAACUGUCCGCCGGCAAACAGUAGCGUGUUCGCGUUGGGCGAACAUAUCCGAUUUCCGGUCCGCCCCCUAUACGUCAUCAUUGAGUAAACUUUGACCCGGAACCUCACAGUCAGCAGACACUUCCUGGGAGGGAGGGUCUGCUGCUGAUUGGGUGGAAUGUGUCUGCUGGCUGUGAGGUUCCGUCUGCUGGAGGCAGACUUUGUGCUGUAAUGUAAACAUUGCAGUUUCUCUGGAACUGCAAUGUUUUACAUUGCAGCACUAAGUGUAAUAAGGACAGUGUACCUAGACCACUUUAAUUAGCUGAAGUUGUCUGGGUGCCUACAGCGUCUGUUUAACCCUUUGUCUAAAACAUUGCAGUUUUAGACAAAUUACAAUUUGAAAUUGCAGUGUUAAGACUAGUUUUAGUGGCUGUCUACCAGACACCCACUAGAGGCACUUAUUGCAGUUUCAUGGAGUUUGACUCUGUAAAAUACCGCUGGACAUCCUCGCGCUUUGCAUGAGGACAUCCAGCGCAUUGGGUUCCUCACAUCGCCUGACAUUCAAAAGAAAUCAGGCUACAAGAAGCCCCAAAAGGUGCCUCAGGACAGGAGACCCUGGCUUUUACAGUAUUGAGAAGAUUAUGUAGGAGUUUGAUAAAAUAUGAAAAAUACCAUUAAAAUAAUGCAGCCAAAAUGGUCCUAUUUGUUUUCAAUGGUUCCCCUUAAAAUUCCAAAGGUGUGGCUAUUUAUGAUUCAAUCUGCCAUUAAUAAAUUUAUCUGGAAAAAUAAAAAGCCUAGAAUAAGCCAAAAAUAUAUUUCUAAAAAAUUGUCCCAUGGAGGGCUAAAUUUUCCAAGUAUUACUAACCUUUACUAUUCCAAUAUUAUACGACAUAUUUAUAUUUUACAAGAACCAUCUUUUUUUUCUGAACCUUGGUAUAUUCUGGAGUCCGAAGCUUUACAUGUAUCUAGUCUUUAUUCUUAUAUAUGGUCAGAUCCUGGGAAGCUUUUAAGGGAUUUGCCUAAUUGUUUAAUAUCAUUGGCUCACUCUUUGGAAACUUGGGUCGAAAUAAGGAAAAUUUUGGGUUUAAGUUAUUUAAUCCCUAGAACAUGUAAAUUAAAUAUAUUAGAAAAUAAUGUAGAGGAUUUAACACUAAGACACUGGCCUAACAAAGAUACAUUAAUCUUAUUGGACAUUAUGCAGGGAGAUAAUAUCCUAUCAUUUCAACAGAUUGUGAAUAAUCUCCAUAUACCAUCUAAAGAAAUAUUUACAUACGUUCGAAUUAAACAUUAAAUCCAGAAACAUGUUAUUCAAUCUCUUUUCCCCUGGGCCAAAGAAUUGCAAUCUAUAUUUUCAUUUCAAACUGUACCUAAGAUUAUUUCGGUAGCCAAUUUGCUCUUUAAAGGUGUUGACACUUUUCCACAUAAAUUGGUUAAAACAUGGGAAAACGAACUUAACUUAGUGAUCUAUCCAAACGAUUGGUCUUCCUCUAUAAUUUUAGUAAAUAAAUCGGUCCAUGGCCUAAACUUGACUGAGUGCCAUUUUAAGGUACUUUACAGAUGGUACUACACUCCGACAAGACUAGCUAAAAUGUAUACUUCUCAAGACCCUACUUGCUGGAGGUGCGGUACCUACUCAGGUACUUAUAUACAUAUAUGGUGGUUUUGCCCAGUAGUAAAACAACUCUGGCACUGGGCCUAUAAUAUUUUCUCUGAAAUAUCUUUGAAUGAGGUAACUUUUAAAGACACAAAUAGAAACCCAGCUUUGGCACUUCUCCACCUUAAUUGGCCUUUUAAAUCUAAAAAACAUAUUUGUUUGGCUAUUCAUUGCUUUGUUGCUACUAAAAUUAUUAUAGCUAGACAGUGGAAAUCUUCCCUUCCCUUUCAAAAAACCUCUUUAAUUAAUCAAAUUAAAUUUCAAUUAACAAUGGAAAAUGAUAUGGUCAAAAAUUGGUCAGUGUUAUCUAAAAAAAGAGAUUGGUAUUCAACUUGGCUAAAAAACUGUUCUCUACUUUAUGGUAAUUUAUAAUUUAUAAGGUGACAUGUUUAUAGAUGUUCUAAUUAUAUUCGGGUAGCGUAACUCAUACUAGUGAUAAUAUGUAUUAUGAUAAUGGUGCCCAUUUCCAUUGAUAUAUCUCUCAAUAUUUGGCUACGGAAUUUUACUCAUUCUAUACCAAUGACUUCCUGAUUCAAGAUAUGCUUUUUUUUUUUUUUUUUUUCACGAUUGAUUGUCAUAUUGUAAUUAAAGUACUUUUUGUAUAUAAUAAGAUUUAUUUAUAUCAAUCGGAUGUAUUUUGUUUGAUUGUAUGUAAGUAUUGUCUGAGAUGUUAUGUAACUUAAAAACAAAAUUUCCUAAUAAAGAAUAAUUAAAAAAAUAAAAAAAAAUAAUGCAGCCAACAGUUUUAUAAUUUAUUUAUUUUUUAUUAAAAAAAAAUUAAUGAUUGUUUUAGUUGUUACCCACAGCAGUCAUUUGUAAAGAUAAUAAUCCACCAUAAUAGUAUAUGUUCUUUUUAACAUCUUUUCCAGGUAUUGCCCCAGAAGACCUUCUAUGCCCAACACUGUACCAUGGCUAUUAUAUCAGGCCCAGGAUCAACAAGCAGGCAGAUAAGGGCUACUCUGAAAUUAGCCAAAACGAACACAAAUUCCAGGUGCUCUUAGAUGUGUGUCAUUUUCUCCCAGAUGAGAUCACUGUUCGAACCAUAGACAACUUGCUAGAGGUCGCGGCUCAGCACCCACAGAAAAUAGAUAGGCAUGGUUUUAUCACCAGGACAUUUAAGAGGACAUAUAUCUUGCCCUUGGAUGUAGACCCUCUUCUAGUGAAGGCAACUUUGUCUCAUGAUGGAAUCUUAAGCAUUGCAGCUCCCAAGAAAGGAAUUGAUCUGAAAAGUGAAGUCAACAUUGUGAAGGUAGAAGUCCAGACACCACCAGAUAUGGAACAGAGGAUCUCAACAGAGGAGAAGGCAAAGAACCAACAAGGCCGCAAUCCAGUUGUUUGAAAUAGCUACUUGCUAGGAUACAUUAUUGAACAGCAUGUAUUUGAAAGUCUAUAAUUGAAUAGAUGUAAUUUAGUUUGUAAUGUAAUCUUACUGAAAAUAAUUAUUCAGUAAAUAUAGAAAAAUGUAUCAAAUAAAUAAUGAAAUUACAGUUUCCUUUAAUUUAUUAUUGUUGAACUGAAUUUAUCAAGAGUUCCACCACAAUAAAGUUUGCAAUAAAACGAACUUGUAUAAA